AUGUCUGAGAAACCAUAUGAUUCUAGAAGUGGUUCAGAUGAUGAAGAUGAUGAUUUAUUUGGUGAUGAAUUAGAAAAGACAAUUCCAACAACUACAAUCAAUUUAAUCAAUACUGAUAGUAAUAAUAGUUCAUCAGAUGGUACUACUUCUACUACUAUCCCCACUGCUGCUGCUGGUAUUGCUGCUUCUUCUUCUUCCAUGCCUGGUGCUAAUCCUGCCAAUCACAGACAUUCCAUGUAUUCAGGAGGAGGAGGUGCCACUGCUCCAUUGCCACCUCAUCAACAUCAUUCAAAUGCCAAUCGUUUCAGUUCAAGAAGAGCAUCUUAUAACAACAUAGAUUAUUAUGGUCAACCAGUAUAUGCUGCCAAUCCAUUCAUUACACCUCAAAACGCUUAUGGUUAUCAAUAUGGAAGAGGAGUACCAGGUGGAGGAGUACCACCUGGAGUUGCUCGUACUAGUCGUCAUCAAAAAACUCCCAGUUAUUCAAACUUUGAUGAAUUCGAUUAUUAUAAUGAUAAUCAAUUUGAUUCAGGCGCAUUUACACCCCAAGUCUUAUCACCACCUCCUGCUGCAACAGGUGGUAAUCGUGGUGGACCUAAAAGAGGCAAAACCGUCACUUUUAGAGAUCCUAAUUCCGAACCAGAAUAUCCUCCAAUUGCAUAUAGUCCCGGGAAUAUUCCUUAUGAAGAACAUGAUUUUGAUUUAGAAGAACAAAGUGUUAGAUUACUGACAUAUGGACGUCCCAACAUGUUUUCUGGGGAUGAUUAUAUGAUUAAUCCUUUACAAGAUGCUGAUGAUGAUGAUGAUUUAGAUCCAUUUGGAGAUGAUGAAUCUUUGUUUUCCGAUACUGGAGAAGAAAUUGUUAGAAGAGGAACAACAAUUAAACGUGCUGGUAGUAUGAAGAGAAGAAAUACCCAAAAGGCAAGAACUUCUACUUCUACUCAUCCAGAAACUCUUGAAGAAGAAGAAGAGGAUGAUUUCAAACCAAAAUUAACCUAUACAAAAACUAUCAAAAAGGCAAGAUUAGUCAAUGGUAAUUAUGUAAUUGAUGCUCCAGCUCCUCAAUCAUUAUUGGAUACUUAUGGUAUGAAAAUCACUGAUGGAGGUAGAGAAAUGUCAUUUAUGAGAUAUACUGCUGCUACAUGUGGACCAUCAAAUUUUAUGAAUUUUAGUUAUAAUUUACGUCAAGCAUUAUAUGAUCCACCCAGAGAAACUGAAAUCAUGGUUUGUAUUACCAUGUAUAAUGAAGAUGAAAUAUUGUUAGCCCGUACUCUUUUUGGUGUUUUUGAAAAUAUUAAAAAUCUUUCACGGAGAGCUGAUCCGGCUUGGGGUGAAGAAUCGUGGAAAAAAAUCGUGGUCUGUAUUGUUAAUGAUGGUAGAUUGGAAUUAAAUAAACGUACAGAAACUUUACUUCGUGCAUUGGGACUUUUCCAAGAUGGGUAUGCUAAAUCCAAAAUUAAUGAUAAAUCAGUCAAAGCCCAUAUAUACGAAUAUACUUCCACAGUCGGGAUUGAUGUUGUGAAUGAAAAAGUCCAUAUUGGUCCAAAUUCAAACCCAGUUCAAUUCAUCUUCUGUUUGAAAGAAAAGAAUAGUCGUAAGAUUAAUUCUCAUCGUUGGUGCUUUCAAGCAUUUGCCCCCAUUUUACAACCAAGAGUUAUCAUGUUAUUAGAUUGUGGUACCAAACCUUCCAAAGAUGCUUUUUAUUAUUUAUGGAGGGCAUUUAGAGAUCCAAAUGUGGCUGGUGCUUGUGGGGAAAUGAGAGCAGCAUUAGGUCCAGGAAAAAAAUUAUUAGCUAAUCCUUUAGUAGCAGCACAAAAUUUCGAAUAUAAGAUUUCUAAUGUUUUGGAUAAACCUAUGGAAUCGGCAUUUGGAUUUAUUUCGGUGUUACCGGGGGCGUUUUCGGCAUAUAGAUAUGAAGCAUUAUUGAAUGUGAACGGUAAAGGUCCACUAGAGAAAUAUUUCAAGGGUGAAUUUCUUCAUGGAUUUACUAAUCCUGAUGGAGAUGAAGAAGAAGAUGAUGAAAGAGAGAUUAAGGAACGUAAUUAUCAAGAAGCCGGGAUUUUCACAUCAAAUAUGUAUUUGGCCGAAGAUAGAAUUUUAUGUUUUGAAUUAGUAGCCAAGAAACGUCAUCGAUAUGUAUUGAGAUAUGUUAAUGAAGCAAAAGCUGAAACUGAUGUCCCGGAAAGAAUUGAUGAAUUCGUAUUACAAAGAAGAAGAUGGCUUAAUGGGUCAAUGUUUGCUGCCGCAUAUGCUGUUUUCCAUUGGACUAAAAUUUGGAAAUCUGAUCAUGGAUUAUUUAGGAAAUUAAUGUUACAAUUAGAAUUUUAUUAUCAAUUAACCACGAUUUUAGUUUCUUGGUUUUCAUUAGCUUCAUUCUUUUUGGUGUUUAGAAUCUUGACUGCAAAUUUAGGUUCUACUGAAAUGCAUUUCGAAAUCGGGAAAUAUUUAGCCGUUAUUUUCCUAUGGUUCUAUGUUGGUUCAGUGGUUUGUACAUUCGUGUUAGCAUUCGGUAAUACUCCUAGAGGUACCAAGAAAUUCUAUCUAGUCAUUGCCUGUUUCUUUGCCGUUUUGAUGGCAUAUAUGAUGUUUGCCGCUAUUUUCUUAGCCGUCCAUACCGCCACAUCCAUUAUCGACGAACAUAAAGAUGAUUUCACCAUCUCAUUAAUCUUCACCAAUGAGAAAUUCCGGGAUUUGAUUGUUUCCACUGCAUCGAUUUAUUUAUUAUAUUUUGCCGGGGCAAUUAUGUUUGGAGAACCUAGUUUCAUGUUCACUUCCUUCGCCCAAUAUGUGUUAUUAUCACCCACCUAUAUCAACGUGCUUAACAUCUAUGCCUUCUGUAAUAUCCAUGAUGUUUCUUGGGGUACUAAAGGAGUAGAACAAGCUAAAGAUUUAGGAUCGGCCAAAUCGGUGAGUAAAGAUUCUGAUGAAUUGAUUAUGAUUGCUCCUGGAGUAGAACAAGAAGUUAAUGAAUCAUAUUUGGACACUUUGGAAACAUUACGUGCUAUGGAACCCGAGGUACCUCAACCAAAAAAGAAGAAUAUUAAGGAUGAUGCAUAUUAUGCCUUUGUACGUACCAUGACUGUCUUGGUUUGGAUGUUGACAAAUGCGAUUUUGAUUGCGUUUGUUUUGGAAACAGGUGGGGUGACUACUUUUACAAACGGUACCGAAGUGAAUGCUGAUGGAUCUAUUAGUGGUAAUUCACGUACGUUUUUGACAAUCAUUUUAUGGAUUGUUGCUGCAUUGGCGGCGUUUAGAUUCUUGGGUGCUUUCUUCUUUUUGGUAUUUAAGGCGUUCAGACCAUUGAAAUGGAGAUGGAUCGCUAGAAAAGAAAUCAAGAAGGCUCAUAAUAGUGGAUAA